CGCCACAUUUGUGUCGAAUCUAACGUUGCGGAAGUAAAGUUACGUCCAUUUACGUCAGUCUUUGUAAAGCUAUCAUGGCAGCAGCUACCAAAGGCUCCAAGGAACAAAAAUACGAUAGACAGCUUCGUCUGUGGGGUGACCAUGGACAAGAGUCUCUGGAGAAUGCACAUGUAUGUCUCAUUAAUGCCACGGCCACUGGAACAGAGAUUCUGAAGAAUCUGGUUCUUCCAGGGAUUGGAGCAUUCACCAUAGUAGAUGGACACACAGUCGCUGGGGAGGAUGUAGGAAAUAACUUUUUCCUCAGCAGCGACAGCAUUGGAAAGAAUAGAGCACAGGCUGCCACAGAGCUUCUACAAGAAUUGAACAGCGACGUGUCUGGAAACUUUGUCGAGGAGAGUCCUGACAAGCUUCUGGACAAUGAUCCAGAGUUUUUCCACAGAUUUACAAUAGUCAUUGGUGUCCAGUUACCGGAAAGCACAUGUUUGAGGCUCGGCUCUGUUCUGUGGACUGCCUCAGUACCUUUUCUAGUUUGUAAAACGUAUGGCCUGUUAGGCUACAUGAGGCUAGUGGUGCAGGAACACACAGUCACUGAAUCUCAUCCAGACAAUGCAUUGGAGGAUCUCCGAUUAGAUCAACCUUUUGAUGAGUUUAAGAACCACAUUAACUCCUAUGACCUCACAAGCAUGGAAAAGAAGGAUCACAGUCACACUCCAUGGAUUAUCAUUGUUGCUAAAUACCUGGAAAGGUGGCUCAGUGAGCAUGAUGGUCAGCCACCUAAAAAUUACAAGGAAAAGGAGACCUUCAGACAAAUGAUUCGGGAAGGGAUGAUAAAGAAUGACGACGGUGUUCCAGAGGAUGAAGAAAACUUUGACGAAGCUAUUAAGAAUGUCAACACUGCAUUAAAUCAAACCAAGAUUCCAAGUUCUGUUGAAGACCUCUUCAAUAGUGAACAGUGUAGCAACAUCACAGUACAGAGUUCAUCCUUCUGGGUGAUGCUGCGAGCUGUGAAAGAGUUUGUAUACAAUGAAGGCAAUGGAAGCCUUCCUGUGCGAGGAACAAUCCCAGACAUGAUAGCUGACUCUCAGAAGUUUAUCAAUCUCCAAAAUGUUUACCGGGAAAAGUCCCUGCAGGAUGCAGCAGCUGUUUCCAAGCAUGUUGAACGGCUUCUACAGUCUGUUGGAAAGCCGGUAGAGAGCAUUUCUGAGAAGGACAUCAAGCUGUUUUGUAAAAAUGCUGCCUUCUUGCGUGUCGUUCGUUGUCGUUCUUUGGCUGAAGAAUAUCAUGUGGAUACAAUAAAUAAAGAUGAAAUAACGUCUUGCAUGGAGAGUCCAGACAGUGAGAUGGUAUUCUACCUCAUGAUCCGUGCUGUGUAUCGCUUCUAUCAGCUGCACUCACGCUACCCAGGAGUGUAUAACUACCAGGUGGAGGAGGACAUCAGCAAGCUAAAGCUGUGUGUGAACAGCCUGCUGCAAGAGUAUAGCCUCAAUGUCAACAUCAAAGAUGACUACAUCCAUGAGUUUUGUCGUUACGGUGCAGCAGAGCCACACACAGUGUCUGCAUUCUUAGGAGGAUCUGCUGCUCAAGAGGCAAUCAAGAUCAUCAGCCACCAGUUUGUGCCCUUCAACAACACCUUCAUUUAUAAUGCCAUGUCACAGACCUCUGCAACGUUUCAGCUGUGAACGCAGCCUGUACCAGCCCUGAGCGGCAACCAAUCUAAAGGAUUAGCUUAUAGGAAAAAUUGUAUUUCAGUCCUUCUUACAGAGAAGAACAUCAGAAAGACGGCAGCCGAUAAGGAUUUCCCUAAGACCCCCAGAUCUCCACUUUUCUGUUGUAAAGAGAUCCCUAAACAACCCUCAAAGUGACACUUUAGCUUUUUCACCUUUAAUACUUUGUAGUUAUUACAGCACUAUGUAUGCCUCUGAUUCAGCUGUUUGUCAUUGUGUUUUGAUCUGCAACUGUAAAAACAUAUUUGGCUGUAAAGGUUUCCAACAUUUA